GUAAAGAAAGUGACAACUAAAUCCAAAGGUCUAUAGUCUAGACAUCCGCGUUCCCACAAUUUUCAAAUGCUUCGGGUCUGGUUUUCGAGACUAGUGGUGUUGGAUGAUUAUGGGCCCAGUCACUUUUCAGUCACUAUCGCCUAAUUGUUAUUUCCACUUCUGCAGUAAGUAUCUGAAACGAUGUGGAUGCAAUACAUAUUGUGAUGUUUACAAGACUACCAGUUAAUAGAACACAGUGGAACUUUGGCCAUAAUGUGUACGUUGUUUUCCUUUAAAAUAUAAAUUUACCAUGAGAGUAGGAAUUGGGCCUGUCGCACUUUGUUUCCAAACAGCGAUGCCUAGUGACGCCUACUAAGUAUGACAUGUGAACUAAUAUCGAACUAUGAAACAUUGUUGACACAUUGUUACAGUGUAACUUCAGCGGAAAUGUUGCUAUUUGGUCGUGCCUAUUGGAAUGUAUCUAGUAAUCCUGCGUUAUUCGGAUAGGUAUUAAAAUGAUUUCUCCAGCAAAUGGUCUCAAAAUAAUGUCUUAAUAAAGGUGAAUAAAUAAUGGUUUUAAUGACAGGCCUUAAAAUGUAAACACUUGUUAAUUUGGAACAAAACAAAAAUAACCACAAUUGUUUUUUUACAAAUGUAUGCAUCAGCCCGGGGGGCAUGUUGGGUAAGGAUCUCAUUACAACUCCGUGAAAUGUAGGCGACACAGGAACAGUGUCCCAGACUUGACCAAGCUAAAUGAUCAAACCAUUUAACCGUUAGGUGUUUAACAUCGCAGAUCGAUAUCUCAUCAGAAUCCACUUGGUGCCCAUAUCGCAUGUCAUAAUGUCAAAGUCGGAUUUCCCUCCAGCCUAUGAAGAUGCACUACAUGGCCCCAGGCCCCGGCAUGGGAACUACCCACAGCCCCCACCAGCGUAUGGACCAUACCCUGCUCAGUCCUCAGCUCAAUACCCAGGACAAGCAGGGUACCCUCUGGGCUACCCUCCUUCUGGGAUGCCUUAUUCCAUUCCUCUAGGAAUGCCCACCUCCAACCAAGUGGAAGACGAUGAAUUUCCAUAUUCUACAGCAUGGGAAAGCAUUUCUAUUCGACAUGCGUUCAUCCGAAAAGUGUACUUAAUCUUGGCUGCUCAGCUCAUCGUCACUGUAUCAAUUGUGGCUGUGUUUACAUUUGUUGAGGAAGUACGUGCAUUUGUCAUUAGGAACCCAGCCGUGUAUUGGACAUCAUUCGCUGUUUAUUUAGUCACUUAUUGCAUUCUUGUCUGCUGCGAAGGGCCAAGGAGACGCUUUCCUUGGAACUUUGUGCUGCUGGCCAUUUUUACACUGGCCAUGUCCUACAUGACAGGAACAAUAUCAAGUUACUAUGACACAAAAGCAGUGUUGCUGACCAUUGGAAUAACAGCAAUAGUGUGCAUAAUUGUCACCAUCUUCUGCUUUCAAACUAAGGUGGAUUUUACAUCUUGUGGGGGACUUUUCAGUAUUCUUGCCAUCGUAGUCUUGGUUACUGGGAUCAUUACAGCCAUCGUACUAUCCUUUAAAUAUGUCCCAUGGCUUCAUAUGCUCUAUGCUGCAAUUGGAGCUGUCAUUUACACCCUGUUUUUAGCAUACAACACCCAGCUUCUCAUCGGAAACCGCAAGCUUUCCAUCAGCCCAGAGGAGUAUGUUUUUGGAGCACUUUCACUUUAUGUUGACAUUGUCCAGAUCUUCAUUUUCCUCCUGCAACUAGUUGGGGCUUCCACAGAUUAAAGGCAGGAGGACGACAUACGACCUAGUGUGGAUGGAUCCUACUUAUAUUGUAUUUUUUCACCUCAAACUGUUGCUUCUCAUACAGGACUGUCAAUUAUAGUUUUUAUAUUCUUGUAAUCCCAUUAACAUAACCCUAUGAGAGUGCUGCAAACUUUCAAUUAAGAUCGUUAUAUAUUUACUUAUUCCCAGAAUGGAUGUUGGUUAUGUGAUGAUUUGGUAAGUUAUGAAUGCAAUAUGCAUACAUGAUUGUCUGAAUCGCAUUUGAUUUGACCUACAUAUUUGUUUAAAAUACAUUUCUUGUCCUCAUGUUGCCUUUUCCCUUAAACCGUAAAAAUGUCAAACAGAAUCCAUUGUCAAAAUGGCUCAAACUGUCUCUGUAUGCAUCCAUUGGUGGUGUUACAGUUCAGCAACAAGGCCAGAGGGGGUGUGGUAUAUGGCCAAUAUACCACGGCUGAGGGCUGUUCUUAGCGUGACGCAACGCAGAGUGCCUGGACAGAGCCCUUAGCUGUGGUAUGUUGGCCAUAUAUCAUAAACCACCAAGGUGCCUUAUUUCUAUUAUAAAAUUGUUACUGAUGUAAUUAGAGCAGUAAAAAUGUGUUUUGUCACACCCAUAGCAUACACAACUGUCAGCCAAUCAGCACUCGAACCACCUAGUUUAUUAAAACAUCACUUCCAUUUUCCUCAAUUGUAUAUGUGAUAACCGUAGAAAAGUUUACUUUUCUUGAUAUACAUUUCUGAUUAUCAGAACCAAUAAUUAAAGACAAUAUCUCAGAAGGUUCUGUUUGCCAUGCAGUUUUUCUGUGAGAAAGCAAUUAUUGCAUGGGGACUUUUUCAACCCAACUGAAUCUGGAUGGCAUAGAGAUGGGAAGUCAUGAAAAGGGUAUCUUCUCUUAUACAGAUUAUUAGUGUGUGAACUUUUCCAAUUAUGAGUUGAUUUCAUACACUAUUCCUUUCAGGUGCCAGUUCACUAUGGUUCUUUUCCUUACAAAAAGCACUUCAUGUCCACCAAUUUCAUAAUGUAACAAACAUG